AUGAAUAAGCAAGUGUGUGAAAAGUUCGAGAGUGUAUGGGAUAAAUUUCCUGAUGAAUUGGACAGUGAUAAUAAGUAUCAAUUUAAAACAGAAAAUUUCUUAGAUAGUUAUUGUUUUAAUAAUGAAUGUAAAGGUGAUCUCGAUAAAAUUAAUGCCGGAUUUUUUUAUUUCCUUAAUCAAUUCAUUGGGAGUUCUUGGUCAUCGUAUUAUGCGCAAAAUAAUAUAAAUAUUGUUGAUUAUAUUAUUCUAUGGUUAAGUUAUAUGUUAAACCUAAAACCACAAGUAGGAAAUGUGAAGAAUCUAGAAUAUUUUUAUAGUACAACUAUAAAUAAUGAUAGGUAUAAAAAUUCUAUACCUGAUGUUACAGAUUAUAAAAAUUAUAAGGAUCUUAUAGAUCAAAAAAAAUAUUUUUUGGGUAUGGAUAAAAAUAUUAUAUUUAAUUUUUAUGAAGUAUUUAAAUUAAUAUGUGAAAUGUAUACUAAUUUUAAUGAAACGAGAUCACAUUGCUCAAUCUGUUCGCAAAAUGCUAAUAAAUUUGUUAAUAAAUAUAAAGAAAUGAAUAAAAACUCUGUUAUUACUAGUAAUAGUUCCUAUAAUAAACUAUUGUCUACUUUAUCAAAUGAAUAUAUUAAUUUUAAAAAUUAUUAUACUAGUAAAUGUAGUAGUUGUAAGGAUAUUCCAUCCCUUCCAUCAGUAGAAAAAAUACAAAGUCCUGAGCAAUUUUCUGGACAAGGUUCUGAAGAUACACCAUCAAGUUCGUCGAUAACAAGCAAAUUAUUUACAGUUUUAUCGAUAUUUGGUGCAAUAGGAUUUUUUUUAGGAAUUUCUUAUAAGUAUUCGUUAUUUGGAUUUCGGAAACGAUUUCAAAAACAAAAAUUAAGAGAAAAAAUAAAAAAUAUAAAGAAGAAAAUGAAUCAUUAA